CCGGAUGUUUCCCCAUGUCAACACUUCCUGUUGUGUUUUCAGCUUUUCAAACCAGGAAGAUGGAUUUGCUGUCGAAUAAAUGGAUCAUUAACUUGAUAUUUUGUUUGUUUUUCAUAGGUGUCAGCUGUAAUUCAGUGGAAAACAAGAUUUAUGUGCAUCUUAAUUACACUAUCCCGUGUGUGCGACUGCUAAACGCAACACAUCAAAUAGGCUGUCAGUCGUCUUUAUCAGGUGAUGUUGGUGUGCUCCAUGUGCUCGAAUCAGAAGCAAACCUGGACUGGGUCCUGAAAACUGGUCCCAACCCUCCUUAUAUGGUGAUUCUGGAUUCUACGCUCUUUACGAGAUCUAUCAUGAUGAAACUUAAGACUGGCUCCAGUAGGGUUGCUGGUGUUGUUGUUGUGGCGCCAAGCUCAAAUCCAGCUGAGGGUUUCUCUCCACACACCACCUGCCCCAACGAGAACUCAGGCGUGUAUUCAGAGAGCUAUGACCCAGCCUUAGCCCACUGUAACGUCACCGUGUGGAACCCUCUGGGAAAUGGCUUGUCCUACGAGGAGUAUGACUUCCCGAUGUUCUCCCUGAAAGACGACAACGACACUCAGGCCAUAAAACAGUGCUACUACAAUCAUAACCAUGUUGUGAAUGGCAGUAGUCCGCAGUACCCACUGUGCGCGAUGCAGCUCUACUCACACAUGUCUGCCGUCACCGACACAGCCACCUGCAUGAGGAGAAAUGGCAUCAACUUCAGCUUAAACCCAGAAGCCGUAUGUGACCCACUUGGAGACUUUAAUGUUUUGGCCUCGACCAGGCCUCUGAACUACACAGAUAAGGGCCACAAGAUGGGGGAGAGCGUGGUCAUCGCAGCAGCGAGGCUGGACAGCCGGUCUUUUUUCUUUGACAUUGCUCCAGGCGCCGAGAGUGCAGCCUCGGGGUUUGUCACCUUGCUGGCGGCAGCACACGCUCUGCGCAACGCCACCCAGGAGGCCCAACCCAACCGCACCAUCCUCUACGCAUUCUUCCAGGGGGAAACCUUUGACUACAUCGGCAGCUCGAGGUUGGUGUACGACAUGGAGAAUAAACAGUUUCCUUUGGACCUGGACAAUGUUCACUCAGUGGUGGAGAUUGGACAGGUGGGACUCCAUGGAGAAUCAAAGCUCUGGGUUCACACUGAUCCCGUGUCUCGGAGGAACAGCAGUGUGAAUGAAGAGGUGGAAAAGCUCAUCAGAAACUUGAACUCGUCUGCCUUAAAUCUCAACUUCUCAUUGCAAGAGCCCAGUUUCUCUCAGCCGCUGCCUCCGUCAUCCUUCCAGCGUUUCCUGCGAGCACGGCCAAUCCCUGGUGUUGUUAUCCAGAAUCAUAACUCUGCUUUCACCAACAAGUACUAUGAAAGUAUGUAUGAUAAUGCGGAGUACCUGAACAUGUCUUACCCACCAAACCUGACGCCAGAGGAGCAGCUGGAAUACAUAACAGAUGCUGCAAAGGCUCUGACUGAAGCGGCGACCAUUGUGGCUCGAGCUCUGUACACACAGGCUGGAGGAUCGGACCCCAUCCAGCUGCAAAACAUUAACGUGGAUAGUCAGAUGGUGACCCAAAUGCUGUAUGGUUUCCUUGUUAAGUCAAAUAACUCCUGGUUCCAGCAAAUGGUACCUUCGGACUUCGCGAUUCAUCUGCGUGAAAGACCCACAAACUUCUACGUGGGGGUGACACAACAGCACAGUGAACCGACUCUUCUGGUCCAAUACCUGCUGGCCAACCUGACCGGCACCACCGUCAACAUCACCCAGGACAACUGCCAGAACCAGAGAGAGGGCGAGGAUGACAAAGAGAGCAAACAUAUAUACAGCUACAUGUGGGUUCAAGGUGCAGCACCUCCCAACAGUACGGAACGAGUGGCAUUCUGCGUUCGCUCCACAGUUCGUCUCUCCAAAGCGCUGUCCCCGGCCUUCGACCUGGAGGAGUACACCUCCAAAGAUUACUCAACGUGGACGGAGUCCAGGUGGAAGAGCAUUAAAGGGCGCAUAUUCCUGGUGGCCAGUCAUGAACUGGAGAUGUUGACGCUCGGAGUCGGUGUCGCCGUGCUGAUAGCAUCCUUAAUGUUGACCUACAUCAUCAGCUCAAAGGCCGACAUACUCUUCAGCUCAGGGAGGGAGCCCACCGCUGCCACCUACUGAUUCACUCAGAAGCGUCUCAGACCCACGACCACUACUUCUACUACUAUUGCUACUACUACUACUACUUUUAUCCCAACCAGACAUGGACAGUUUUCUUUAAAACACACCACGAGUAGGUACACAGACAGGUUAGUAUCAGCUGCAUCGAGGUGGGGGAGGGGGGUCGGGGGGUGAGGGGUUCCUUUUAGACGACGACUCCGUGUUUAUGGACUCACUCAUGUGAGGCGUGACAUGAGGACUGGACCGGACUGGAUUUGCCUGGAUGGAUCUGGACUCAUCAGGGUCAUAAAACACACUGGUCAGGCACCAGCAGGCCCUGCCAGUGGAAACGAUGUUUAUAUUUUUUGUUUUAGGUUUUUUUUUGUUUUGUUUUGUUGGGUUUUUUUUCCCUUUUAUCCUAAAAGAAUGUUUUGUUUACUGUGUCAUGGGAUAGGCACUAAACAUUGAGCAUUACUUUGAGCUGUGUGUAUGAUUUUGAAAAUGUGAAUGCAACCGUGUGUGUGUGAACAAUUAUAAGUGUGCGCAAGUCUGUGUGUGUGAACUUUGUAUGAGGAUUGCGAUGGUAUGUGCAAUACUGUAGCUGUCUUCUCUGUCAGUGUAGUUAACUUAUCAAUCAGUUUUAAUGAUAAGAAACCACUUUGUGAGUCAAUGAGCAAGUAGUAAUAUUACAAAUUUAACAUUUUGCUAAAUCUGGAAAUGUGCAGUGAAAGAUUUUGAUAAUAAAUCAGUAUCAUUCAGUCCAAGUACACAUAAUGAAACUGUACUUGUAGACCCACUGCAGUUUCACAUAUUGUGAUAUUUGAAUGGGAAUUUUCCAAGAGUCUGGCAUGGCUGAAAAAAACACUUUAUUUCUCAUCAGUCAGCGGCCAUAAUGUAUUAAAAAAGCAGUCAGAAAGAUCAGUUUUAGCAGUGGAAAAACAACAUGCUGGUACUCUGCCUUUGCACUCUUUGGUUUUUUGUUUUUUUCCCAAUGAAGUUUAUUUUCUGAAAAUUGUAUGACACACGAGAUUAGUGAUGGGUGUUUGUUUUAAUAGAUGGAAUUAAAAGACCGAUUGUGAUGCCUUGAUGAAGAAAUAAACAUUGCUUCUUUUCCAAA